UUCCCAGGCGCUCCAGAGGCCGGCGUGUGCGGACGGAGCCCGGCGGGGCCCCGAGGCGGCCGCAGCCCGGCCGGGAGCGCGGGGACGCUUCGCCCGCAGCUCGGGGAAUGUGUGGCACUAAGCGCCUGCGGCUGUGCCUGCUGGCGGCCCGGGCACCGAGGGGACGCAGGAGCGGCGCCGUGAGCCGGGCUUUGAAUGAGACAUGAAAUGAGACAGGAAAUCUCCAGGACAAGUAUGGACAUUGGUGCCAGGCUGCUCAGACACAGCGUUUAACAGCCCCAGAAACAGCAGAGAGACAAUGAGAGUCCGUCUCAAAGGGGAUGUGAUCUGUACCCUCCUCCUGCUGGUAGCACUUUGCUCUUUACUCUACUCCCAGUUGGAACACUUAGUGCCUGUGGGAAACAAGGAGCUGCCACAGCAGAAGCCUUCAGUAGCACCAAAAGCACUCUCUGACCCCAGAGCAGCUUGGAGAGCAAUGCCAGCAGAGGCAACGGUGCCCAGACCCCGGGUAACUCCUGUCAUUAGAAGGACAGAAGUGGCCAAAAAGAGGGUCCAAACUACAACUCCCCCAGCACUGACUGAUUCUGCCUUCAACUUCAAGCACUAUCUCCUAAACAAGGACAACAGGAACUUCAAGCUCCUUGUUAACCAGCCCAGGAAAUGCAGGAGGACACCUGGAGGUCCCUUUCUGCUCGUUGCUAUCAAAUCAGUAAUUGAAGACUUUGACAGACGUGAAAUUGUCCGGAAAACCUGGGGCAGGGAGGGUGUGGUGAACGGGGAGCAGAUCCAGCGAGUGUUCCUCCUGGGAACACCAAAGAACAGGACAGUGCUGGCAACAUGGGAGACCCUGAUCCACCAGGAGAGUCAGACAUACAGGGACAUCUUGCUCUGGGACUUCAUGGACACUUUCUUCAACCUGACCCUGAAGGAGAUCCACUUCCUGAGCUGGGCAGCCGAGUUCUGCCACAACGUCAAGUUCAUUUUUAAAGGCGACACCGAUGUCUUUGUCAACGUGGAGAACAUUGUUGACUUCCUUGAGAGACACAACCCCUCUGAGGAUCUCUUUGUUGGGGACAUCAUCUACAACGCCCGCCCCAUCCGAGUCCGCAAGAGCAAAUACUACAUCCCUGAGACCAUGUAUGGCCUGAGUAUGUACCCAGCCUACGCAGGAGGAGGAGGGUUUUUGCUGUCCAGCUGUACCAUGAAGAAGCUCUCCAGGGCUUGCAGAGAGGUGGAACUCUUCCCCAUCGAUGAUGUCUUUUUGGGCAUGUGCUUACAGAGGAUUAACCUCAAACCUAUUUUGCACGAAGGAUUCAAGACCUUUGGCAUUGUCAAGCCUUCUGCUGCCCCACACCUACAGACAUUUGACCCUUGCUUUUACAAAGAUCUCAUGGUAGUUCACAGUCUGAAAGUUGCUGAGAUCUGGCUGAUGUGGAACCUGCUCCACAGCCCACGUCUUUCCUGCACUCAGAAGAAACAAGUGAAGAAACCUUUCCAAUGGAAAAGGAAAGCUCAAACAACACCCCAGGCCUCCCCCCUUGGAUAACACAGGCAGACUGCAACAGAAACACACAGCAAGCCAUGUAAGAAAGGGAACUUGGAACUGGUGCAACCAAAUGAACCAAUUGCAGAAGUGUUUUAGCACAUCUUAAGAGAUGGUGACAAACUAUUGCAGGAAUGGGCCAAAACUCCAGGCUUGCACACACACAUACUGUGUAGGUCCAUUAGUGCAUCCAAAUAAUCAUUAACAGUAUAUUUAAUUUAUUGUUAUUUAUUAGAGUUACAGCAGUGCUCAGUGGCCCAGUGUGUAAAAAGCACAUUGCAAAAUCCAAUCCUUGCAGAUUCUACAUAGCUGUUACUAAUGGGAGAAAGGAAAGAAGAUCUAGAGGCUGAGAAAUGACACAGGGAUCGUUACCAGCUUUUUACCUUGACCUGGACACAUUGAGAAAUGACCAAACUACACAGUAACUAGAAUAAAUGAAGUCACUUUUAGUGUAUGCUCAAAUGAAAUCACUACUGCCAGGAUGGCUUUCUGUAGACCUUGUAAGAAGAGAGGAGCAGCUAAUAGCUAUCGAAAUGAGGUUCUAUAUGGGGUAGAUAGGGUGGCCUACAGGAAAAAAAAAGGGCAUGCUGAGGCUGGCUGAGAAAAAGAUAGGCAAGCAGACAAGUGGGAAUGGGCAGCCUUCUGAAGAGCCUUAAAAAGAAGGACAAGACGACCUUGGAAGUUGAUCCUUCUGAGUCUUGAUUUUGCUCUUGUAGCAACAUCUGAGUUCAAGUAUCUGCCCCACUGACACACUCAGCACUCAGGGGACCAGUUUCUGGCAAUUCCACGAGCUCAGGCUCUACACUGUACUGGCUGGCACUCAGUGAAAACCUCAGAGUCAUCCGACAGGAUCUGAUCUCUCUCACUGUCUUAUCCAGCUCUUCAGAAGGAUUGCAUCUGGAGAGAUCCUUUGACCUUCACUUGUGGGGGUAAAACCACGCAUUUUUGCUGCUUACAUCACAUUUGGGAGCUUCUUCAAACCCAAGGAAAUGUUGUCCAUGGCCUGGUUGCUGCAGACCUUGGUGCUCUUCCCUGGCACACAGCCAACUGCAGCCAGCAGCUGAGAUUUCUCAUAUUGCUGCAGAUGUCACGUGAAGGGAGCAAGCAAAAGGGCUUCAGAAUAAAAGCCUUCUGAAAUUCCCUGCAAGAAGGUAAAAGCACAGGGCAACCUGUCUGCUGGGCUUCCUAAGUAUUUAAAGCAUCAGAUGUGAACAGAGGAUUGCUUGUCUUUCAAAGAACAGUUGACAGUUUGAAGCAUUUUGGGUGUUUCUUACAGCAGCAGAUUAUCUUAAAAGAACAUUCUUUUCAUGGACAUCAAAGAGAAAGUCAAUUCCUCUAAAACUAGGGUUAAAAAGCUAUGAAAUUCAUUAGGCAGAGACUGAAUUCAUCUCUGGUAAUGUGUUUGUCAACUCCUUUGCAAUUUCCCCCCCCGACCUCCUCAACAAAUGUUCAGUCCAUCAGGACCCACCCCAUGCCAUGUCUCUUCAGAAGGACACAUACACACAGCUUCAAAGGAAACUACAGUCAGUCCUAAGUGCUCAGGAAGCUGCUUUCCCUUGAAGAGAGCCUGCAGCACAGCUGUUUCUUUCUGGAUAGAACCUGCCUGCCACUCAGCAGCAGUCUGGGCUCAGUGUUUGCAUUAACCAUGCAGUUACCCCGAGGAAAGCAAGUUGGUCACAUCAAUUGAUAAGCCAUUAACAACGGUCUUACACAUCAUCUUCAUCACAAGAGUUUAAGCCUCACAAUAAUGUAUUUCCAAGGAAAUGUCAGCUAUACAGAAAUUAAAGUGACCAUAUGUUGAUCUGGGAUAUUUUCAGGAUUCAAUCCUGAAAUAAAAAUGCUGGUGGGAGCUUUACAAGGGGCUCUGUAGGGUGUGGAAACAAGCCAGAGCCUCGGUGGUGGGAGAAAACCAGUUCCAGCCCCAUCUGCUACCACUUGUAGUACUUAUGCAUUUAGGAGCUUGUACAGAAAUGUAUUACCUGGGAUUAGUUUACAGUUUGGGAAGUUAUUUACACCAUAAUUAAAAGCCAGCAUGCAGACGUG